CAACAAAACCUGACAUUACAAAAAUGGCGACCACAAGCAGUGGUUGGGAAGCAUCAUCGGCCGACAACAAUACAGAUACUGCCUCACCUGAAAGCAACGAAGAUCAGAAAUCAGAUGAUUUUGUGACAGAAAAGAAUGAAGAUUUUGAUCAGUUUUAUCAAGAGGUGAAGGCGAUCGAGCACAGGGACUCAGUAUUGACGUGUAAACAACAAAUUGACCGCCUAACACGACCAGGAGCUACCUACUUCAAUCUCAAUCCGUUUGAUGUUCUUUGUAUUGAUCCAGACACACCACUGGCAGAUAUAAAGAAAAAAUACAGACAGAUGUCCAUACUGGUUCACCCUGAUAAAAAUCCUGAAGAUAUAGAGAGAUCACAAAAAGCUUUUGAAGCGGUUAAUAAGGCUUAUAAGACACUGGAAAAUGAAGAGGGUUUAAAGCGAUGUGUGGAAAUAGUGGAGGAAGCCAAGACACGGACAAAUGAAAUGAUCAAACAGAAAAAGAAGCAAUUGAAAAAAGAGGGAAAACCCCAAGAAAUUCCUGAGGAUCAUCCAGAUAAGUACAAGCAUGCUGUGUACGUCCAAACCUGCAAACUGUUUGCUGACCUUGAGAGGUUGAGACAGGAACGGGAAACCAAGGAGAUGCAUGAAAGGAAAAGAAAAGCAGAAGCUGAAGCUGAAGAAGCAGAGAGACAGGAGCUAGAGAAAGAGUGGAAAAAGAACUAUGAGGAAAGCCGUACUGGAAGAGUUGACAGCUGGAGAAGUUGGUCUAAAGGUGGAAAGAAAUCAAAAGGGUCAUUUCGUCCUCCCAAAGUCAAGACAGAAAAUCGUUAACCCAUCUGUUAACCUGUUAGCUAUUCCUUGUGCAUCCAGAAAUUUUUACUGUGAAAAAUUAAUGUUUGAAAGUUAGACCUUCCUGUUUAAUUAGCACGAAAAAGAAACCAUGUGAAAAAGUGAGCCAUCAAUAAGCAACUUGGGGGUAAAAAUCCCAUCUCACUGAGGAAAAAAGAUUUAUUUACCAGGAAAAGUCAAACCCCAUACAGGUGUAAUCUUAUGUGACUUAAAAGCUGGUUCAGAGACAUUCUGGACUCUGUGAUGAAUGCGUUUUUACAGUCUCAUCAUUGUCUGUAUCUGGAACAGUUGAUCUUAUACUGAAUAACCUUUCCCACUUUAUCCCAAAAAUAAGACAUUGGGAUAAAUAUUGGCUUCCCUGGCCUAGCAUUUAUUUCAUUUUGUUUGAUUAAAAAUAAUUGUCUAUGCUUAUUGCAGUACACGUUUGAGACAGACAUUAAAAUUUUAAUAAAAUGGAGUGUGUUUAGAAAGAAUGUAUAUAUGUGCGAUCACUGUAUUCAUUGGGUUUUUAAGCUAUUCGUUUAUAAAGGUCUGAUGAUUUCAUCUUUUUCUUAUACCCCUUCAUUUGUGCCGAGAACUAGAAAUUGGAAUGUAUCCUAUUCCUGAGACCAGGGUCACAGUUGCUGAGGAAAACAUAAGAGGAAUCAUAUGUCUUAUAUUUGUUUCCUCAAAUGAAGGUCCUUGUAAGUCAUAUUUCUUUAGCAUUACUAAUAUGGCAAAAAGAAAAUAUAUUGUCUCUCAUAGGAAACUGGUACAGAAAACACUGUUCAGAGGGUUUUUAAAUGUUUAGUAUGCCAUUUCAGUUGAGCCCAGCAUGGAUGUGUUUAUGUACAAAGGAGUCAGUGACCUGGUAAAGAUAUUCAAGGUAUUGUUUGUGAUUUUGUACACCUUAAGAGAGUAUUCAGAUGUUUUAAACUAAUGCUAUUGCUUCACCAAAUUAUUUGAGCCCAGAUUAACAGAUAAAGGCAUGAAUAGAUGUUGUGGUUACUGAAAUAACAGGGAUUCAAAAACUGUGCUUUGCAUCUACUAUGUUAUUUUGGUUGCUAUUGUUAAUUGCAUCACAAAAUUGCAGACUAAGUCUAAAACAUAACAUUUUUAAUAAGUCAGUGGACUUGGGGGAAGGUGAAGUUUUUUUUUAAUUUUGUAAAGCUUUUAGAAUUUAUUUAUAUUAUAGACUAUUAAAAACAGCAUAUUAAUGCUGACAGUAAAAUUGCUUUGUUCUUCACAUUGAGGUAUUCAAAGCUUUUUCCAAAUUUUGUUUCUUUUUAAUCUCAAAAACCUUUGCUUGAAUGUGAGAUUGUUCAAAGUGUACAUUUCUUAGCAUCUAUUAUUUUGAAAGGCUAGCUAGUGCAUUCCACUUGAAACAGACUCGGCAGCAGACCUAUAUUCAUCAAAUACCUUUUCAUCUCAGAGGAUCUGUCAUCACAAAGGUUCUUGGCUGUACAUAACAUUUGGAUUGUGUUCGGAAUAGGAGAUGUUCUCCUGUGUAUAUAAAGUGUAUAAGCACAGUUUCCCAUCUUUACCAUUUUCACUAUCAAUUGCUGUCGUGAGGUUUGCUACAAAAUCAUUGUUGUGGUCAGAUCUAAUAGAUGAGAGGGAUGUCAGCUAGGAUCAGUUUGCAACAUAUUUUGUCGUGUACUUUUUGUGACAAGUUCACACAAUAUUGUAAACAUCCUGUUGUUUGUGUUUUUUUGUGCUGCAGGAUGCUCUGCAUUACAGGCAAACAUGAAAAGUUGAAAAAUUGAUGCUAAAUUGUUUACAAUCAUCAUUCAUCUAGGAUUUCUUUUGGUCGGGGUAUUUAUUAUUUUUUUUAAUACCUUACAUCUGUUCCUUUUUUUUUUUUUCAUACACUUUCUGGCAUUUCGUACAGCAUUUCUGUUGCAGCGAUUCUGUAAUCGUCGACAAAAGUCAGCUGCUUUCAUAUUCGCAGGUUACUUAUUUUGGAAUGGUGUUAGUAGUUUUCAGAUUAAAAGCUAUUAUCAGAUUAUACAACCAUGCAUUAAGAUUGUAUUCAAAUUACUAAUUUAUUUAGCGCAUGGUCAUUGAAGCCACAAGGGUACAUUACAGUGGGUUUUAUUUUUGUUUACCUAAAUGACGUGUUUUGCUGUCCUCAAUAUGAACUUACUACUUUUUACCCAUCCCAUUAAAAGAUACACGUAUCGAUUCAUAUAUAUGCAUCUUUAAAGGAGGGCAUGAGUGCUUUAGUGGCCCGCAUUGAUUUAAAAAUAGUCAGCAUAUGCCUGUGUAACCUGUGUUUAACUUCCCCCCCCCCCUUUUCAAUGCUCUGCCUUGCCAUGGAGAGGUUCUUCAGCUCAGGCAAUUAUCGUUAUGGUAAUUUUUUCCUCUUCCUCCUCAUUUAGUCUGUCAAGACAUGGUCUGCUUCUGUUUCUAGAUUCUUUAAGUUCUCUGGGUUUGCAGAUGAAUUACUGACUACUUCAUGGAGCGCAGGCAACAAAAACUGCCUUUGUGAUAAAAAUAUUUACUAGAUCUUGUUCUUGAUGUGCGCAGUUAAAUUAUAACAUUAAAGUGUAAAAAACUUGAAGAGCACAACUUUUUUUUUUUUACUUUAUAGUCUUUAUUUAUGUGCUGCUAUUUUUUGUAUUUUCCUAGAUGCAGAUGUGUGAAAAUGUAAAACAGCCCAUUGUGACAGAAUAGUUUAGAGCUAUAUUAUCAUGAUUAUUAGAUAAUCCAGCACAGACUUGUGGCAGCUGUUAGAAAUUUCAGUACUGUUGUCAGCCAUUAAAUGUGAUUACAACAUUUGCAAGGACACAUUAUUUUUCUAAAACCGUACUUGAUUGUAGGGUUUUUCACAUUUCCAGAACAUAGAAAUUUAAGAGCUGCCUUUCAUCUCCAUUAACAUGUUUUCUGGUUGCCUCCUUGAUUUCCACAUCUCCAUUAACAUGUUUUCUGGUUGCCUCCUUGAUUUAAAUAAAAAGUGGUUAUACUUUU